ACAGAAUCUGGAAGCUCCUGAGGACAGACCUCAGACAGGAGACUCUUGGAGCAGAGGAUGCCCAUCACUGCCUCGCAGCCCCACCUGCCUCUGAUGUCCCUGCUGCUGCCUCUGCUGCUGGGACUCUCAGGAGUGGCCACAGGUGAGGAGGUACCACAGGUGAUUCAACCUAUGAGGUCGGUGUCGGUAGCAGCUGGACAGUCAGUCACUCUGCCGUGCAUGGUGACCUUCCCGCUCCCCGUGGGGUCCGUUAAGUGGUUCAGGGGUACUGAACGGAACCGGCAGUUGAUCUACAAUUUCAAAGAAGGCCACUUCCCUCGGAUAACAAGUAUGUCAGACAUCACAAAGAGAAACAACAGGAACUUUUCCAUCCACAUCAGUAACCUCACCCCAGCAGACGCCGGCACCUACUACUGCUUGAUGCUCAGGACAAUGAAUGAUGACAACAUAGAAAUGAUGUCUGGUCCAGGCACCCAGAUACUUGUGCGAACUAAACCCUCCCCUCCAGAGAUUUCCGGCCCCUCCAAGAGGGUCGGCCCAGGUCAAGUACUGAAUCUCACCUGCAAGUCAACUGGCUUCUUCCCCAAAAACAUCGAUGUGAAGUGGUUCCAAGAUGGCGUGGAGCUUCCAGCCUUCCACACCCUGGUCUUCCUGCAGGGAGAGAUGCUCACCUACACUGUGUUCAGCACCACCCAGCUGUCCCUUGCCUUCUCCUCACUCUACUCUCAUGUCACCUGCCAGGUGGCCCACAUAGAGUUGCAGAGCCCCCUCAGAAGGCACGUGAAGAUCUCGCAGUUCAUCCGAGUUGUUCCCACAGUGGAUACAUCAACACACUACAUCCCAGGACUUCAGGUGGUCCUUCUCACCUGCCAUGUGCAAAGGUUUUACCCUGAAGACACACAAAUCACCUGGCGGGAGAGGAACGGAUGCUUCAAGGUCUGUGAGACCUCUUCCCCCACCAAGAACCCAGACGGCACAUUCAGCCAAGACAUUCAUAUCCUGGUCAAUGCUUCAGAGUGGGAGGACCAAAGGCUGUUCACCUGCCAGGUGUGGCAGGAGAUCCAGGUACUGGUCCAGAAAAGUGUGCACCUGAGUGAGUUUGGAAGACUGCGAGCGAGUUUGGGUGCCACCAUAUACAGUUCCAUCCUUCUCCUUGGCUGGAAGCUGUUUCCUCUGAUGGCACUUUCUACCAUCUAUGUCCUCAAGAGGAGCCUCCCUUCCAGGAGGACUGCCGUGAUGCCUGCAGCUGCCCCAUCAGCUUCUGCCUCGUCCGCCUGCUGAGAUCUGCCCCUCUCUGGCUCUCCUUCCUCCCUGUCUCUGGCAGCCCCCAGAGAAAAUGAGAACCAGGACCAGGAAGGUCAGUAGUGAGAGGUGGCCUCUCACCCCCUCCCCAGGAAUGAACUUUCCGUGGAGAUUCAGACCUCGAAGGCUAGGACUCUGACCAAGAAACCCGGCAGAGACAAGACAGGUUCCAACCCAGAUGGAACCACACCUGCAGUUCUGCUGGCACGUCCUCGCCUGCCCCUCGGGGAAAGUUCAUGGGGGCACCCAAGUGCUACCACGAAACCCUUGCAGCCCCUUAGUAAACAGGCAAAGCCACAUUCUGGUGCCACUUUGUCCCUGUUCAAAUAGCAAAACUGAAGAAGCAACUGGGUCCUUCUUAUAGUAUUUGUGGGCACAUAAAUGGGCUCAACUACUGUGGAAACCUUUUUGGAAAAUGUUGUUGCAUUGAACAUUCUUGUACCCUAUAACCUGGCAUUUCCAAUCUUGGGUGUAAAAGAAACUCUUGCACCUGUGCACCAGGAACUACGUACAAAUACAUCCAUAAUAGCAUUUUUUUAAUUAGUAAAACCUGAAAACUAUCCAAAUGCACAUCUACAGGAUGUUGCUCAAAUAACAGGUGGUAGAACCAAGAUGUCUACUUCAAAUCCGAAGUCUCCAUGUCCCAUUUGUUGUUCCCUCCUGUUCAUUUUAUGAUCUCUCAGACCUACACAGUGCUUACCUGGACCACUCCAUAGGCCUCCUCACAGUGGUGCUGUGGAAACUUCAAUCCAUCCAUUACAUCAGAACAGUCUUUUUAAAGCAUUUCUUCAAACACUUUAGAUAGUUCAUCAUUUCCUAAAUCAAACCUCAGGGGCAUAGAGGCUGCCCCAGGUAUCUCAAACCUUGAAGCCAGAUGAAAAAGGAAGCAGCUAGAAGAGUUCCUGUUUAGACACAGAGUUCCUUUGGGGUGUAACCCAAGAUUGGAAAUGCCAGGUUGUAGGGUAUGUGAAUAUUCAAUGCAACAAGUUUUUCCAAAAAGAUCCAGCAUCCGUUUAAGGAAAUGGUCUCAUCCUAGCCCAGCCCAGCCCAGAGUUUGCUCACUGCAAAGUCUGUCUCUUCAUUGAUUCCACAAGUAUCACUGGGUAUAUACGACGUAGUAAGCACUGUGUAGACACAAAGCAAACACGGGGCAACACUGAUAAGCUCCCUCUCCACCUGCAUGUCAGACUGCUGAGAACACAGGAAAUAAAGAAGAGAAGAAAGGACCCAGGCAGCAAAGAGAAGGAGAAAAAAGAAUGACAGAAUGUAAUGCGUGCUCCGAAGAAAAUAAAAGUGUGUACAGAAUAAUGGGAUUACAGUGACAGAGAGAAUCACAGGGUCAGGAAUUAAGUGGCUGCUAGUUACAAAGAAUGAACGGGAAAGUUUCUAAAAAAAAAAGAUGCAUUUGAGCUGACAGCUUCAAAAGCCUGGGAAAUCCCUUACUGUUGGAGGGGAGCUACUGUGCCAGACCCUCAGGUGUGGAGGAGCUGGGGAUGCUCAAGGAAGAGGAAGGGGGCCAGCCCGGCAGGAGAGUGCAAGUAAGGGGACAUGGGCGGAGCUGCAGGGAUGCCGGCCACCAGAGAGACUUGGGAUGUUAGCCAAAGAACGUGAAGACGUGAGAGUUUUAAUCCACAGAGCAAAUUACAAGAUCUGAUUUACGUUUAUAGCAAUUACCAUGGCUCCUGUGGGGUAAGUAGAUUAGAGGACAGCAAGUAAUGAUCCAAUUCAGAUGUUUGGUGACCACCAGAAAUUAAGAGGCCAUGGGGGUGGCAGUGCUAAUUCAGAUGGACAGAAAUAGACCAAGGAGUUAUAGCUACAAAUGGAAAUGACAGGGCUGGCUGGGGACUGGGUGUGAGAGGUGCUGAGGACAGAAGAAUUAGGAACGGCUUUAAGGCAAGGUGGAGCAAUGCGUGAGAUGAGGCAGGCAGGUGGGAGAACUGAUUUGGGGGUGGGAAUUAACAGUUCAGCUUUCAAGAGGAAGUGGAGAUGCAGAGUGGGAAGAUGGACAGAUGUGUAUGGAGUUCAGAAGAGAGAGGUCAAAGCUAGAGAGAUAUUUUUGGAACCAUUAGAUCUUAAAGCUGGUUGCCAGGGCAGCCAAGCAGCAGAACUAAAAUAUCUAGAUUUUCCUUUUCCAUCCUUCUGGCCUCCCAAAAGUGCUUGGAUAAAAUGUAAUCUCCAGGCUGUGGUACAAAACUUGCAUAGGCAUGAAUCGAAAGGGAAAACAGAAAGACAAAAUUCUUUCCUUUAUCAGGAUAGCAUGAUUAUAGAUACAUUUUUUUCCUCUUCAUUUUCAUAGCUAUUGAGAAUUUUUGGACAGUUUCUUCAGCAAAUCAUUUUUGAAGUGAUUAAAUAUAGUCUGAAUAAGUGGCAAAAAAAAAAAAAGUAAACCCUGGUGUCUGCAGGGGUUGGGAAUGUCCCCCUCGUUCCUGUCACCCUGGAGUAUCCUGGCGAUUUUCAGUAACUUCACUGGAGCCUGGGAAAAGGUCCUGCUAAGACGGUGACAGAGGCAGGCAGGCAUUCAAAAUGACCUUGAAACAUCCGAGAGAUGCUGUCCCUGACACCACAUCUGAGCUGGAAAAGCUUUGGGACCCACCCAGUCCCACCCGCUUCCCCAACCUCAGUUAACAGAUGGG